AGUCUGCAAACAGAAGAGCUCCAUCAGGGUGAACUGAAGUUAUCCUAAGGAAAAAUUUCAUUGCAUGGAUUGUGUAAACUCGCUGAGACAGAAGUAAAGCUGGAAAGGAAUCUACAAGUGAAUAAAACAAGAAGUUUGGAAUUGGAUUUGGGGAAUCUGGGCUUGGAAAUGCCUCAGCCCAGUGUGAGUGGAAUGGACCCUCCUUUUGGGGAUGCCUUUCGGAGCCAUGUGUUUUCAGAGCAGACUCUGAUGAGCACGGAUCUCUUGGCAAGCAGUUCAGAUCCAGACUUCAUGUAUGAACUGGACAGAGAAAUGGACUAUCAGCAAAGUUCCAGAGACAACUUACUUUCAAUGGAGGACUGCAAAGACCUUGAGAACUUGGAGUCUUUUACGGACAUCCUGGACAAAGAAGCUGCUCUCACCUCAAAGUGGGAGCAGUGGGACACCUACUGUGAAGACUUAACUAAGUACACUAAAUUAACCAGCUGUGACAUCUGGGGAACAAAAGAGGUGGAUUACUUGGGCCUUGACGACUUUUCAAGCCCGUACCAAGAUGAAGAGGUGAUAAGCAAAACACCGACACUGGCUCAGCUUAAUAGUGAGGACUCCCAACCUGUUUCUGAUUCACUCUAUUACCCUGAUUUGCUCUUUAGUGUAAAACAAAACCCUUUAAAUUCUUUGUUACCUGGCAAAAAAAUUGCAACCAGAGCAGCAGCCCCAGUCUGUUCCUCCAAGAACGUUCAGGCUGAGGCACCUUUGUCGGACUGUGUUCAGAAGGCAAGCAAACCUGCGACUCAGCCUGCUUCCAGUACACAAAUCAUGGUGAAGACCAAUGUGUACAACAAUGAAAAGGUGAACAUUCAUGUUGAAUGUAAAGACUAUGUUAAAAAGGCAAAAGUAAAGAUCAGUCCUUUACCACAGAGCAGACCAGUGUUGAGCCAGACACAUGCUGAUGCAGCAAAGGAAAACACCUGCUAUUGUGGUGCUGUAGCAAAAAGACAAGAAAGAAAAGGAAUAGAGUCCCCACUUAGUCACAGUACGCCUCCUGUUCUGCCUUUUAAAGAGACUCAAGAACUGCUCCUCAGUCCACCCCAGGAAACCCCAGGGCUUAUUGUGGGGGAGAGCAGUCUUUCUGCCAGCACGUCUGUGUCGGAUUCUUCACAGAAGAAAGAAGAGCACAACUAUUCUCUUUUUGUAACAGACAGUUUGGGUGAACAGUCAGCCAAAGGAGACCCUGAGGAAGAUGAGGAUGAUGAGGACGAUAUUGAAGAUGAGGACCAUGAUGAAGGAUUCGGCAGUGAGCACGAGCUGUCUGAAAACGAUGAUGAGGAAGAAGAUUAUGAGGAUGAUAAAGACGAUGACAUCAGCGAUACUUUCUCAGAACCAGCAGUAACACUUAGUGGGUCUUCAAAGGAUACUGAAUUCCUCUCUUCUGCAUGUAGAAAUGGAGCCUUAACAACAGAAAUAAGAACUAACCUUCACCUAGAAGGGUAUGAAAAUGAUUCUGUGGAGGAUUUAAAAGAAAUGACUGCAAUAUCUUCUCGGAAAAGAGGCAAGCGAAGAUACUUCUGGGAGUACAGCGAGCAACUAACACCAUCACAACAAGAAAGAAUGCUGAGGCCAUCUGAGUGGAAUCGAGAUACGUUACCAAGUAACAUGUAUCAGAAGAAUGGUCUCCAUCAUG